AUGGGAAGCAUACAAAUAACAACGGAAGCUGGUCCCAAAGUCACAUUACCGUUACGGCGUUAUGUUGAUAUGCUAGCUCACUGGCAGAUGAAGGCUCAUCUUCUCGGACAGACGCCUCCGUUUUCGACAGAUCUCAACAACCUAGCGCCAUCUAUAAGAUCACGCGAACGGACUGUCAAAGCGGUCAGCUUAAGAGCAACCAAGUAUUGGGCAUUAUUUUUGGCUCAGCGUUUGCUACAGCAGGGAAAAUCAUUGGAAUUUACAGCAUUCGUGUCGGAAGAUAUCGAGAAAGAUACAAAGUCGUUUAUGUAA